AUGAGGCGUGCCGAAAUAGCAGAGCCCAACUAUCGGGAUACCGAUCCCGGACCGCCUUUUGCACAAGAUUUUUGGGACCCACUCUGGCUUUCUCCCGUGCUCAAGGCACCUGAGAUCAGCAUUCCAGGUAAUGCUCCUGCAGUCGUUAGCGGGAGGGAUCGUGCGAUCAAGAGAAUCGUGCGAACGGAAGGAUCACCCUCAGCGACCACCCAUUGCAACCAAUUCUACCUCUCUGGCUCUGAUCAUCGUCGCUGCUCGACCUUCUCACGCUUCCGACCGUCACCCUCAGCACACGAACAUGCCAAACCUGCAGCUGUCCUCACUCCUUCCACCUCGUCCUAUCCCACCCUACACUACCAAACAAUUGUCCCUCCACUGCCCCGGCACCAUGGUUCACGAGACAGGCUCGCGCCACAUACAACGCGUUUGAGGGGAAGUUCGAGACGUUGGGACCACUUCAUCGGCCUUAUGCGACAAGUGAUCGAGGCCCUCCGCUGUGGCGGCUACACCGAUAUACACAGUGUUGACUUCGGCACUGCCCGUGUGGUGCCAGUCGCCACCAAGAAGAUGGGCGCUGGACAAGGGAUUACCGCCGGUAUCGACGUGGCUGCCGCCAUCCUGAAUUGA